UUUAUGGCGCACUGGGGUUUUGUAAUUUCGCAAAUAACAAAGUGACUCAGAUCUGUCGCAUAUACGUGAAGCCGCUGUCGACGACUUUGCACCUCGCUGAUGCCAUUCGCGAGAGAAUGCGAACGACGUUCCGACAUUUUAUGCUAAUCAACGAGCAAGAAUCAUUUUAUCCUGAUUGCGAUACAAAGAGAGUUUGACGGAUCCUGAGAUCGUGUUACGGAACCCCUCGUCGUCGCGAUACAACGAAACUGAUCGUUAAAAGUUAAUUUCUUUGAUUCGACGCACUUUCGAAAAUUUCGCAAAAUAGAAGAAACAAUGUCUGAUGAACAGUUCUCCUUGGUUUGGAACAGCUUUCCGAGAAACCUAUCCUCAGGCUUGUACACUUUGUUGACAGAUGAGCAACUUGUAGAUGUUACACUAGCAGCUGAAGGCCAAAUCUUACGAGCACACAAAUUGAUAUUGUCAGUUUGUAGUACAUAUUUUAGAGAUCUCUUCAAGCUUCUUAUUGAUGUUUUGUAUAUACAGGUAAAUUCUUGCAAACAUCCUAUUGUCAUACUGAAAGAUGUCAAUUACCGAGACUUGUCAGCUAUGCUACAUUUUAUGUAUCAAGGAGAAGUUAAUAUAAAGCAAGAAGAUAUUGCCAGCUUUCUUAAGGUUGCAGAGACCCUCCAAAUAAAAGGAUUGACUACAGAAUCGGAUGAAAAACUCGAAGAUACUCUGGAAAGAAAUGUUGAAGACUUUGAGGAUCGUUUCUUUGAUGUGGAAAAGGACAAAAGUGAUCUCGGUAGCACAGACGAAACAAAUGUUUCUGCUAUCAGUAGACUAACACAUCACAUCACAGAGAAGGAGCAAUCGACGGCAACGAGGCAGAAUACUACAACAGAAAAUUCGACAGGAGGAACUAGACAAUUCACAGAACAGACGUCAAAUGUCACUUGCCAUCAGUAUAAUUGUAUGGAAGGCGACUAUAAUCUCCCGGACACAUUGACAACAUUCAGUGAAACAUGCAAAAUCACGGGCGUACCGAGCAGAAUGGAAGAGUCGCCGUUGGAUUGCACGUCUGACGUGAAUCAGCCUCAGGAAGCGAAACCCGAACCAUUGGAUUAUAGGAUGGAUACGGACACGGAAGCCAGAUACAAAUCAUAUACGACAGAGAAAAUACUCCAUGGAGACUCCGAGGAAAAUGCGCAACAGAAACAAGAUUAUGCGCCAGACAUGCAGUUAAUUCCCUACAAUCAGAAUUCACAAAAUCAGCCGUUCGAUUUCAACAACGUGACGACGUUUCGAGGCGAUUUCGCAUACGACACGACGAAUGCCAGCAGCAAAGGUCGACGUACCGUCAAGGGUAUCCCAGGCAGCAGUCUGCCAUUGGAGACGACGUUGCGCGUCGUCUCGGAGCUGGGUCCUACGCUGCGCAUGGAGCGCGGCAAGGUAAUACGCAUGUACGCGUGCCCGUGGUGCCUACGUCACUUCACGCGCAAGGAGAAUCUUAAACUCCAUGUCCGUUAUAUACAUGGUCCGCUUGAAAGUCUCACGUGUAAGCUUUGUGGCAAUAAAUAUAAGAACAGUAAUAGUCUGCGUGUACACUCCUACCUCUAUCACAACGCCAAGCGUGAUAAGCAGCACGGCAAGUCAUUGACGGCCGGUGGUGACGACGGUGGCGGGGACGCGUAAAGAAACAGUCCUUUUCCGAGGAGAAGCUUUUGAGAAGAAGUUUCUUUUUUCUCUUUGUUUUUUUUUUUCUACGAACUCCCGCGUCGAGGGUAUUGAAUAUUCGCGCAUUGAGAUGAGACGAGUAUGAAAUUAGCGAGCGCUGCGAAGAGUGGAAUUUGUUAUAUUUAUACCUAUCUACCUACGCAUUAAUCCGGCACACAAUCUUCUAGAUACAGUACUAAUAAGUACCGAGUAUUUCUAUACGUUGCUAGAUAAGCGGAAGGUUUAUAGAAAUAAAGAACGCCUUAUUGUGUAUACACGUGCUUACAGACCU